GGUGGUGUUCGUGGGGGUCAAGUACGUCAACAAGCUGGCCCUGCUUUUUCUGGCCUGCGUCAUACUCUCCAUCCUGGCCGUGUAUGCCGGAGUCAUCAAGACAGCCAUCGAACCGCCUGACUUCCCGUAAGGACCCCUACUGUUCAAUUAGCCUGCUCCCAGUUCUGUUUGUGUCAUCUUGUCAAGUCCUAUGGUCAUUGUCACAUGAGAAUGUGGGACCAAGCUACUCUUCAAUAUUGGGGCUGAGCCGAACUUGAGCAAUGUGGGUGCGAUGUGAAUUAGGUUUGAUGUAAUUCGCCCAUAUGGGGAAUUUGGGUUUUGAGACUUUUGUUGCAAUGUAAUUUGAGCAUGUUCACCCAUUUUUUAAGAUGAUUUGAAGUAUAUUCAAAAUAUAUAGAAAUGAUGUUCAAUGCACAUAAGCAGAUGGGUUAAAUACAAAUGGAACAUAUUCAUCUUGUGUUACAUUUUCAGUAGGGAGGACUCUUCUGUUCAAUAUGGGGACUGAUACCCACAGAUUUGUGCUAGCUCUCAAAGCCAAUGCGUAGGCUUCGGCUCAGGUGGCUAACUCAGUCUAAAGUAAUCUGUAUGGACAACUGGGGUUCGAUUCCCGGUCGUCACACUAACACACGUAGUGUGUAUCAUAUGUUGUUCUUGUCGAUAACUCUUCUGUACUUUGUCAUGUAUUUGUAUGUUUUAUGUGGACCCCAGGAAGAGUAGCUGCUCCAUGUGCAGUAGCUAAUGGGGAUCCUAAUAAACUAAACUAAAACACUAACAAAUCUCCCCUGCUGCGCAGAGUCUGUAUGCUGGGGAAUCGCCCGCUGAUCUCCAAAGGGUUCGAUGUGUGCGCCAAAACACUGGAGAGUGGCAACGGCACAGUCACCACCAAGCUGUGGAAGAUCUUCUGCAAUACUCCCUUCCUCAACUCCACCUGUGAUGAGUACUUUGACAACAACAACGUGUCCUUCAUCCAAGGCAUCCCUGGGGUCAUGAGCGGCAUCCUCAAAGGUAACCAAAUACAGUUAACUAUUGGUCUUCUUCUGGCUCAGUAGGUAGAGCAUGGCACUGGCAAUGCCAGGAUUGUGGGCUCUAUUCCUGCCAGGGUCACCCAUACAUAAAAUGUUUGCAUGCAUGUAUGAAAUUCACUUUGAAUAAAAGUGUUUGCUAAAAGGCUAAUGUUAUGUUAUUAUAUUAUUAUUAAUGCUAUUAUUUUGUGGCUAUCUACUUUUUCUUUUCAAACACAGUUACACCUACAGCACAAAUACUGUAACAUGCACUGUUCUGGUCCACCUACACUCAGGUCACUGUACCUACAGUACACAUGCUUGCACACACACAUGCUGGAAACACACCCGCGUGCUCUUGCGGGAAGCAUACUGCAAUUUCUUACUGGAAGUGUCAGAUUCUGUGUUUCACAGUGAUCUAGUGGUCCUUCUCGUCUCUCUCUUCUUUCUGUUUUCUGUGUCUCUAUGUCUAUCGGGUUCUCUUCAAUCAUGUCUUAUUUCUUUCUUUCUUCUUUUUCUUUCUUUUGCGGGUGGUGAGGGAGGCGGCGGGGGGAUGGGCGGCGGGGAGGAGGGGGGCGGGGGGAGUCGUGCGAGGGCGGGCGGGUGGGAGUCGAGUCUGCUCGUCCUUUCUGCCGUAGCGGAGCGAUCGAUCGCUGCUGCUGACUCCAUCUGCGCUCUCUUAUCGUUUCUCUCAUCUCUCUCUCGUCUUCGUCUAACAACCCCCUUCUUACCAUUAAAUUGCCCUUUCUCUCCUUCUACCUCUUUCUCUCUAUUUACUUGUCCCUCAACCCUCUCUCGCUCCAACUUCUCCCUCUUCCUCCCUUCCAUGCCCCCCCCCCCCCCCCCCCCCCCCCCCCCCCCACCACAGAGAACCUAUUUGGGAAUUACCUGGAGAAGGGCGAUCUGGUGACCAAGAUUGGGGUUGCGACCGUGGAGGGCCCAGAUGAAACUCUGACCAACUCUAACCGCUACGUCCUGGCCGACAUCACCAGCUUCUUCACCCUUCUGGUCGGCAUCUACUUCCCCUCCGUCACAGGUCAGCUGAGAGGAAGGGAUAAUGCAAAGAGGAAGAGACACUGAGCUGAAACUCAUUCCUCGCAUCCUCAAAGGGUGAAUUCACCAAGGGUGAAUCUCGAGGAAAAGAUAGGACGCAAGGGAUCGAGGGAAAAUACUCACCCUUUGUGUUGUUUUGUGUGGUAAUUUUUUAUCUAGAGGGGGGAUAGGGGAGAUGUGUGUCAAUUCAUUGAACAUUUUUAAGAUACUGUCAAAGAUUAAUAUGAAGACAUGAUUGUUUUUACACAAAAAGCAGUUUGUCAUUAGAAGGAUAAUUUUGCUGUAUUUUUCAGUUAUGGUAAUUUGACAAAGAAAAGUAGGUUUUAAAUCUACAUACACACGCUAUUGUGUGAGUUUCUAAGAAUACCAUUUGAUUAUCUGAGUUUUCUUAUAGACCUCUGCCUGUGUUUUGAAGAAAAUUCUCAGACUGAAACUUUGACACAGCAAAUGUGCGGAGGUUAUUGUGUGAGCAGGAGUUUUUCUACAGUGACCACUCUACUUGUGUUUCACAGGGAUCAUGGCUGGAUCCAACCGGUCUGGAGAUCUGCGUGACGCACAAAAGUCCAUCCCCAUCGGCACUAUCAUGGCCAUCACCACUACCUCAAUAGUGUGUAUCCUUUUACUGCUCCCCCUUCUGGACUCAGUGGCUAGUGCAUUACUUUUAACUGUCGCUCACAUGCUGUCUAUCAAUAGUAAAAUAACUAUUUUAUACAAACCUUUUUUAUUUUACUUUUCAACAUAAAAACAUAUAUUAGGUUUGAUUGAAUUGGGCCUUUAGCCUCAAGCUUGUUAUGUGUAGAAUGAUAACUCCAUGACUGCAAUUUUAAAUCAACCAUGUUGUUCUUUAUCUCAAAGUAACUGUUACAGAACGAAGUAAUUAAUCAUGUACCACAAUACAUCAGACAUAACCCAACAAUAACAGCACUGUCGAACUGUGUGCUUAUGUAACUCUCAAUCUGCAGACAUAACAGAGAUAAGUGAGGAUAUGUCCCUAUGUGCUAGGUAUUUUUGUGUGUCUGUCUGUUUUCCUUAAUGUGACCUUAAAGACAUGUCCGCUGUGGUCCUGUUCGGUGCCUGUAUCGAUGGAGUGGUACUAAGGGACAAGUAAGUUAUGCAUAAUAAGCAAAGAUUUCUGCAAUUGUUUCAAUAUCUCUCAGUCAAGCUUUACCAGUGCUGAGGUACUCGAUGCCUGGUUCAUAUUCAACUGAAAAUGUUUUUAAAUGUUGUGCAACGGAAAACAAAAAUUAGCACAUUUACUACAGUUGUAGUCCAGGUAGUCCCUCCCUUUUUUAGUCAGUUUUCUUCGGUUUGGUGUCUAAUCAAUAGGACCCUGGUAAUUGGCUCUCCUCCUACCUUUCUUCAUGUCUGAUUGGCUUGGUGUCAUGUCCAUCUCCCUCAGGUUUGGAGAGGGAGUCAAUGGCAACCUGGUCAUUGGCACCUUGGCCUGGCCAUCCCCGUGGGUGAUUGUAAUUGGCUCAUUCUUCUCCACCUGUGGGGCGGGGCUUCAGAGCUUGACGGGCGCCCCGCGUCUCAUGCAGGCCAUCUCCAGGGACGGUGUCGUGCCCAUCCUACGGGUCAGUCUCAGUCAUUCUGUCAACAUUCUAGCAUUUUGCACUGAUCUGGGACCAUUUGUUUUCAUCAUUCUGUCAGCGUUCAGCAAUUAGCACUGAUCUGGGCACAUUUGUUGUGAUCUAUCUGUCAGCAUUCAGCAAUUAGCACUAAUCUGGGUACAUUUGUUAUGAUUAUUCUGUCAGCAUUCAGCAUUAAGCCUGAUCUGGGACAAUUUGUUAUGUUGGUUUGUCAACAUGUCUCAUAUCGGUCUCAGGUGACAUUGGACACCACACUUGCCUGCCCUCUCUCACUAAUUAUUUCUUUCACAUGUAAUGUAAUGUUCACAUGUAAUGUUUUGAUGGUUGGUGUAUCUGUGUACACUCAUGUUAAUCCUCAGGUCCCAGGCAAGGGUCAGGUCUUACGUGUGCGUGGUUCACCGAAACACCUCUGUUACAUCUACAUACAACCUGCCUUGAAAUAAUGGAAUAACUACUGUAUGUUGUAACUCUAUACCCUCUAACAUCUCAGUGUGAUGAUGUGUCCGCCAGGUGUUUGGCCAUGGGAAGGCCAACGGGGAGCCCACCUGGGCCCUGCUUCUGACCGCCUGUAUCUGUGAGAUCGGGAUCCUCAUCGCCUCCUUGGAUGCAGUGGCCCCCAUCCUCUCCAUGUGAGUGUCAAUGAGCGGGACCAGGAGUUGUUCCCCACCACAGGACCUGGCCAGAGAAAAACUCUGGAUCCUAGUUACAGCCUAUAACUAGGGCCCAGAGCUUUUCUGGUCAGGUCACAUGGCCAGAUAAAACUCCUGGCCCUAUUUAUGAGUGCUGAGGUGCACUCAUCCUGUACUAAUAUGGACUGUCUAAUAUGGACACUGUAAAUAUGACAUAUACUUCUGACAAUGGACAAAUUAGUUCUCAGCACUUAAGAUAAAGUUAAACACAUACACUGAACAAAAAUAUAAAAGCAACAUGCAACAAUUUAAAAGAUUUUACUGAGUUAUAGUCAGUAUCUGGUGUGACCACGAUUUGCCUCAUGCAGCGCGACACAUCUCCUUCACAUAGAGUUGAUCAGGCUGUUGAUUGUGGCCUGUGGAAUAUUGUCCCACUCCUCUUCAAUGGCUGUGUGAAGUUGCUGGAUAUUGGCGGCAACUGGAUAAUGCUGUCGUACACGUUGAUCCAGAGCAUCCCAAACAUGCUCAAUGGGUGACAUGUCUGGUGAGUAUGCAGACCAUGGAAGAACUGGGACAUUUUCAGCUUCCAGGAAUUUUGUACAGAUCCUUGCGACAUGUGGCCAUGCAUUAUCAUGCUGAAACAUGACGUGAUGGUGGCAGAUGAAUUGCACUACAAUGGGCCUCAGGAUCUCGUCAAGGUAUCUCUGUGCAUUCAAAUUGCCAUCAAUAAAAUGCAAUUGUGUUCGUUGUCCGUAGCUUAUGCCUGCCCAUACCAUAACUCCACCGCCACCAUGGGGCACUCUGUUCACAACGUUGACAUCAGCAAACCGCUUGAUGAUGUCUGCCAGGUGAGCAUUUGCCCACUGAAGUCGGUUAUGACGCCGAACUACAGUCAGUUCAAGACCCUGGUGAGGACGACGAGCAUGAAGAUGUGCUUCCCUGAGACGGUUUUUGAUAGUUUGUGCAGAAAUUCGUUGGUUGUGCAAACCCACAGUUUCAUCAGCUGUCCGGGUGGCUGGUCUCAGACGAUCCCCCAGGUGAAGAAGCUGGAUGUGGAGGUCCUGGGCUGGCGUGGUUUCACAUGGUCUGAGGUUUUGAGGCCGGUUGGACGUACUGCCAAAAUCUCUAAACAACGUUGGUAGAGAAAUGAACAUUUAAUUCUCUGGCAACAGCUCUGGUGGACAUUCCUGCAGUCAGCAUGCCAAUUGCACACUCCCUCAAAACUUGAGACAUCUGUGGCAUUGUGUUGUGUGACAAAACUGCACAUUUUAGAGUGGCCUGUGUAAUGGUCAUGCUGUUUAAUCAGCUUCUUGAUAUGCCACACCUGUCAGUUGGAUGGAUUAUCUUGGCAAAGGAGAAAUGCUCACUAACAGUAUAGCUAGAAGACUCCUGAUAAGUAUAAUUUUUGUCUUUAUCUGUUUUCUAGUACUGUCUUUUCGCUAGCUAGGGCGAUCUAUUUUAAGUGCUGCCUGUCUUCCCAGUACCUUACUUGGUGUGUGAACUGCUGAUUGCUCAUAACUUGCAGAUGAUUGUUGACACAUCAACCAGGGUCAAAGGGCAGGGCAAUUUGGGACUUGUUUUAGUGGCUGUAUUGGAGGGGGAGUGGUUUCACCUCUUUUAACCAGCUUCUCAGGCUCCAUCUCAGUGUGCUUUUUUUUUUUCUAUAGCUAGAGGACUCCUGAUAUCUCCAGGAGUGAUAAGGGUCCUGCUUUAAAUUACGUUCAGCUUAUAAAGGCUUCAUAAAGCCUUCAUAAGAACUACAUACAUGUGUUACAAAGCAUCUAUAACAGUAGGUCAUGCUUUAUAAAGGGUUCAUAAAUCUGGCAUAACUGUGUGACAUAAUCACCAAUGUCAAAUGUGACAUAACCCACUAUGUCGAAUAUGAUAUAAACAUGUGUUUUAUAAAGGGUGACAUGUUGUGCUGAAAGAUGGCACACGCUCUAAAGUGAAGUCAUGUUAGUCACACUACACCUAAUCUCGGUCCCAGACACUUCUUCCCAAAUGCAUGGACGGUCUUGUGGACCAACGCAUAAAACUUGGCCUUCAAAAGUUAUGGUUAGGUUUAAAAUCUAAAUGGUGAAGCGUGAUUCAUCACUCCAGAGAGCGCGUUUCCACUUCUCCAGAGUCCAAUGGCGCUGAGCUUUACACCACUCCAGCCGACGCUUGGCAUUGCGCAUGGUGAUCUUAGGCUUGUGUACAGCUGCUCGGCCAUGGAAACCCAUUUCAUGAAGCUCCCGACGAACAGUUCUUGUGUUGACGUUGCUUCCAGAGGCAGUUUGGAACUUGGUAGUGAGUGUUGCAACCGAAGACAGACAAUUUUUACAUGCUACGCACUUCAGCACUCGGCAGUCCCGUUCUGUGAGCUUGUGUGGCCUACCACUUCGCGGCUGAGCCGUUGUUGCUCCUAGAUGUUUCCACUUCACAAUAACAGCACUUACAGUUGACCGGGGCAGCUCUAGCAGGGCAGAUAUUUUACUAACUGACUUGUUGGAAAGGCGGCAUCCUGUGACGGUGCCACGUUGAAAGUCACAGAGCUCUUCAGUAAUGCCAUUCUACUGCCAAUGUUUGUCUGUGGAGAUUCCAUGGCUGUGUGCUUGAUUUUAUACACCUGUCAGCAACGGGUGUGGCUGAAAUAGCCGAAUCCACUAAUUUGAAUGGGUGUCUAUAUACUUUUGUAUAUAUAGUGUACUUUACUCAGUAAGGUCACUCCCAUAGAAUUCUAUGAUCACUCCUACUAAGGCCAACUUUGAAUGGUUGAUAUCCCAGGCUUAUACAGUGGGGGAAAAAAGUAUUUAGUCAGCCACCAAUUGUGCAAGUUCUCCCACUUAAAAAGAUGAGAGAGGCCUGUAAUUUUCAUCAUAGGUACACGUCAACUAUGACAGACAAAUUGAGAAAAAGAAAUCCAGAAAAUCACAUUGUAGGAUUUUUAAUGAAUUUAUUUGCAAAUGAUGGUGGAAAAUAAGUAUUUGGUCACCUACAAACAAGCAAGAUUUCUGGCUCUCACAGACCUGUAACUUCUUCUUUAAGAGGCUCCUCUGUCCUCCACUCGUUACCUGUAUUAAUCGCACCUGUUUGAACUGUUAUCAGUUUAAAUUAUUAAAUAAGACACCUGUCCACAACCUCAAACAGUCACACUCCAAACUCCACUAUGGCCAAGACCAAAGAGCUGUCAAAGGACACCAGAAACAAAAUUGUAGACCUGCACCAGGCUGGGAAGACUGAAUCUGCAAUAGGUAAGCAGCUUGGUUUGAAGAAAUCAACUGUGGGAGCAAUUAUUAGGAAAUGGAAGACAUACAAGACCACUGAUAAUCUCCCUCGAUCUGGGGCUCCACGCAAGAUCUCACCCCGUGGGGUAAAAAUGAUCACAAGAACGGUGAGCAAAAAUCCCAGAACCACACGGGGGGACCUAGUGAAUGACCUGCAGAGAGCUGGGACCAAAGUAACAAAGCCUACCAUCAGUAACACACUACGCCGCCAGGGACUCAAAUCCUGCAGUGCCAGACGUGUCCCCCUGCUUAAGCCAGUACAUGUCCAGGCCCGUCUGAAGUUUGCUAGAGUGCAUUUGGAUGAUCCAGAAGAGGAUUGGGAGAAUGUCAUAUGGUCAGAUGAAACCAAAAUAUAACUUUUUGGCAAAAACUCAACUCGUCGUGUUUGGACGACAAAGAAUGCUGAGUUGCAUCCAAAGAACAACAUACCUACUGUGAAGCAUGGGGGUGGAAACAUCAUGCUUUGGGGCUGUUUUUCUGCAAAGGGACCAGGACGACUGAUCCGUGUAAAGGAAAGAAUGAAUGGGGCCAUGUAUCGUGAGAUUUUGAGUGAAAACCUCCUUCCAUCAGCAAGGGCAUUGAAGAUGAAAUAUGGCUGGGUCUUUCAGCAUGACAAUGAUCCCAAAUACACCGCCCGGGCAACGAAGGAGUGGCUUCGUAAGAAGCAUUUCAAGGUCCUGGAGUGGCCUAGCCAGUCUCCAGAUCUCAACCCCAUAGAAAAUCUUUGGAGGGAGUUGAAAGUCCGUGUUGCCCAGCGACAGCCCCAAAACAUCACUGCUCUAGAGGAGAUCUGCAUGGAGGAAUGGGCCAAAAUACCAGCAACAGUGUGUGAAAACCUUGUGAAGACUUACAGAAAACGUUUGACCUGUGUCAUUGCCAACAAAGGGUAUAUAACAAAGUAUUGAGAAACUUUUGUUAUUGACCAAAUACUUAUUUUCCACCAUCAUUUGCAAAUUAAUUCAUAAAAAAUCCUACAAUGUGAUUUUCUUGAGAAAAAAAAUUACAGGCCUCUCUCAUCUUUUUAAAUGGGAGAACUUGCACAAUUGGUGGCUCACUAAAUACUUUUUUUCCCCACUGUACGUGCUGUAAUAGCAAUAGUCUGGGGACGACGUUACGCCAAGAAACACUUACUUUGAGAAGGAAAUUGAAAGUGACUUUCUUCUGGGAGCAAGUUACAUGUUCCUCAGUACACAAACACACACACAACAAUAUAACAAGCCAUACCGUGCAGUGCUGGGCCGCUCGCCCGCCUUUCUCCCUUUGGGAGGGUGAUCAAAGACGGCCCGAAAGAGGCGAGCGAACUCUCCAUAGUUGGCUCCUCCUUCACUCCAGACCGCGUUGGCCCACUCCAGGGCUUUGGCCGAGAGGCAGGAGACGAGGGCGGACACCUUCUCCCGCUCCCUCGGUCAGGAAAGGUGAAUCCCUCUGGGUGCUGAGGUGUGGGUGGCUGGAUCCGGUAGCUCAGCUGGUCCUGAAGGGUCGGGUCCUCUCCCCUCCAGCUGUUGGACGACCUGGAGAACCCGAUCCAUCGCUUCGAAUGCUCCCGGACCCGGUCCACGGAAUGGUUUAAUCAAUAAACAGAGUUAUGCAGCAAAGCGUAAUACACACCAGUGCGGACAAACGGCACACUGGGGAAAAUAAGGCACACGGGUGAACAACCCAGCGAGACACAAUAUAAUCGAGCUCCACCGAGCUAUAAUCCCCUCUACAAUAAACAAACACACACACAAAGACCAGGGGGCAGAGGGAACACUUAUACAUGUAUUGAUGAGGGGAUAUGAACCAGGUGUGUGUAAUAAACAUGACAAAACAAAUGGAAUGAAGAUAUGAGGAGCGGCAGUGGCUAGAAGGCCGGUGACGACGAACGCCGAAGCCUGCCCGAACAAGGAGAGGCAGCUUCGGAGGAAGUCGUGACACUAACUCAGCACUUAACUAUUACAAACUAAUUUAAAUUACAAUUAAUAAAGGUUAACUUACUUGUUUUUUGCUGUCCAGUUGCACCACAAGUGGGCAUUUGAUUUGCAAACUCAUCACAUGUACCCUUACUGCUCUACAGAAACACAGCUAAUGAAACAACAGUGCAGGACAUGCACACUGAAUUAAAAGGCAACUACACAAAAAAAGAAUAAUGUGUAACAAAUUUCCCAGACCUCAAACGUUGUCCACUGAUGUGGUUUAACCAUUGUUGUGAACACAGAAAAUCUAAUUGUAUUGUUUUUCUAUAAAAAAAAGUGUGGAAAAAAGUGUGGGGAAACCAGAUUUUGGGGUGGGGGGAAUCUGAAACCUGGAAAAACAAAACCGAGAAACAGAAUUUGGGAAAAAAUCUUUACCGAUUUUACAAGGCCCUACCAACGUUUUUUGCUGAUUGCACUUUAGAGAGUGUGUCAUCCUGCAGCACAGCAUUUUGGGGAAAUUUGAGGUCAGGUCCAACAUUCGCUAUGCAACCAAGAGGGAAAGAGGUUGGGCCAUCCUAGAAAUGUUUUAGAGUAAUAUAAUAUAAUAUAUACAAUUUAGCAGACGCUUUUAUCCAAAGCGACUUACAGUCAUUCAUGCAUACAUGUUUACGUAUGGGUGGUCCCGGGAAUAAAACCCACUAUGCUCUGCCAAGAUGCAUGACAAGUUUAUAAUUGUGAAGCCUAAAUGUAAUAUGAUUUAUAAAGCCUUUAUUAUGCGGUGCUUCUGCCACCCUUUAUAAAACACAGGUUUAUGUCAUAUUUGACAUAAUGGGUUAUUUCAAAUUUGACAUUGGUGGUUAUGUCACACAGUUAUCCCACAUUUAUGAACCCUUUAUAGAGCAUGACAUACGGUUAUAGAUGAUUUGUGACACAUUUAUGUAAUGUUUAUGAAGACUUUAUGAAGGCUUUAUGAAGCCUUUAUAAGCUGCAUGUAAUUUAAAGCGGGACCGUGAUAAGUAUAAUUUUGGUCUUAAUCUGUUGUUGUCUAGUACAGUCUUUUUGCUAGCUAAGGCCAUCUACUUUAAGUGCUGCCUGUCUUCCCAGUAGCCUACUUGGUGUAUGAACUGCUGACUGCUCAUAACUUGCGGAUGAUUGUUGACACAUCAACAAGGAUCAAGGGGCAGGGCAAUUUGUGACUUGUUUUAGUAAUCAGUGGCUGUAUUGGAGGGUGGGGUGGUUUCACCUCUUAGGAAAGGAUUCAGACCCCUUGAUUUUUUCCACAUUUUGUUAGGUUACAGCCUUAUUCGACAAUGGAUUAAAUUGUUUUUUCCCCUCAUCAAUUUACACACAAUACCUCAUAAUGACAAAGCAAAAACUGGUUUUUAGAAAUGUUUGCUAAUUUAUUGAAAAUAAAAAACGAAAAUAUCACAUUUACAUAAGUAUUCAGACCCUUUACUCAGUACUUUGUUGAAGCACCUUUGGUAGCGAUUACAGCCUUGAGUCUUCUUGGGUAUGACACUACAAGCUUGGCACACCUGUAUUUGGGGAGUGUCUCCCAUUUUUCUCUGCAGAUCCUCUCAAGCUCUGUCAGUUGGAUGAGGGGCGUUGCUGCGCAGCUAUUUUCAGGUCUCUCCAGAGAUGUUAGAUCGGGUUCAAGUCCGGGCUCUGGCUGGGCUACUCAAGGACAUUCAGAGACUUGUCCCGAAGCCACUCCUGCGUUGUCUUGGCUGUGUGCUUAGGGUCGUUGUCCUGUUGGAAGGUGAACCUUUGCCCCAGUCUGAGGUCCUGAGCGCUCUGGAGCAGGUUUUCAUCAAGGAUCUCUCUGUACUUUGCUCCGUUCGUCUUUCCCGCUUUCCCUUUUCCGUUAGUCUUUCUUUGCUCCAUUCGUCUCCCAGUCCCUGCCGCUGAAAAACAUCCCCACAUCAUGAUGCUGCCACCACCAUGAUUCACCUUAGGGAUGUACUCCUGAGUGGCGCAGUGGUCUAAGGCACUAGCAGUGCUAACUGUGCCACUAGAAAUCCUGGUUCGAAUCCAGGCUCUGUCGCAGCCGGCCGCGACCGGGAGGCUCAUGGGCGGCGCACAAUUGGCCCAGCGUUGUCCAGGGUAGGGGAGGGAAUGGCCGGCAGGGAUGUAGCUCAGUUGAUAGAGCAUGGCGUUUGCAAUGCCAGGGUUGUGGGUUCGAUUCCCACGGGGGGCCAGUAUAAAAAAAAUAUGUAUUCACUAACUGUAAGUCGCUCUGGAUAAGAGCGUCUGCUAAAUGACUUAAAUGGAUGGUGCCAGGUUUCCUCCAGACGUGACGCUUGGCAUUCAGACCAAAGAGUUCAAUCUUGGUUUCAUCAGACCAGAGAAUCUUGUUUCUCAUGGUCUGAGAGUCUUUAGGUGUCUUUUGGCAAAUUCCAAGCGGGCUGUCAUGUGCCCUUUACUGAGGAGUGGCUUCCGUCUGGCCACUCUACCGUAAAGGCCUAAUUGGUAGAGUGCUGCAGAGAUGGAUGUCCUUCUGGAAGUAUCUCCCAUCUCCACAGAGGAACUCAAAAGCUCUGUUAGAGUGACCAUCGGGUUCUUGGUCACCUCCCUGACCAAGGCCCUGCUCCCCCAAUUGCUCAGUUUGGCAAAGUCUUGGUGGUUCCAAACUUCUUCCAUUUAAGAAUGAUGGAGGCCACUGUGUUCUUGGGGACCUUGAAUGCUGCAGAAAUCUUUUGGUACCCUUCCCCAGAUCUGUGCCUCGACACAAUACUGUCUCGGAGCUCUAAGGACAAUUAUUUUGACCUCAUGGCUUGGUUUUUGCUCUGACAUUCACUGUCAACUGUGGGACCUUAUAGACAGGUGUGUCCUUUCCAAAUCAUGUCCAAUCAAUUGAAUUUACCACAAGUGGACUCCAAUCAAGUUGUAGAAACAUCUCAAGGAUGAUCAAUGGAAACAGGAUGAACCUGAGCUCAAUUUUGAGUCUCAUAGCAAAGGGUCUGAAUACGUAUGUAAAUAAGGUAUUUCAGUUUUUUAUUUGGAAUAAAUAGCAACAAUAAAAAAACGUUUUUGCUUUGUUAUUAUGGGGUAUUGUGUUUAGAUUGAUGGGGGGGGGGGGGGGGGUACAAUUUAAUCCAUUUUAGAAUAAGGCUGUAACGUAACAAAAUGUGGAAAAAGUCAAGGGGUCUGCAUACUUUCCGAAUGCACUGUAUAACCAGCUUCUCAGGCUCCAUCUUACUACUGGUGUCCCCCAGGGCUUGGUUCUAGGUCCUCUCCUCUUCUCUCUAUACACCAAGUCACUCGGCUCCAGCAUAUCCUCACAUGGUCUCUCCUAUCAUUUUCUCCUUCCCCCCUUCUGACACCCAGGUGGCGACACGCAUCUCUGCGUGCCUGGCAGAUAUCUCAACUUGGAUGUCGGCCCACCACCUCAAGCUCAACCUCAACAAGAUGGAGUUGCUCUUCCUCCCGGGGAAGGCCUGCCCACUCAAAGACCUCUCCAUCACGGUUGACAUCCACAAUUUCGCCCUCCGAGAGUGCAAAGAACCUUGGCGUGACCCAGGACAACACCCUGUUGUUCUCUGCAUACAUCAAAGCAGUGACUCGCUCCUGCAGGUUCAUGCUCUACAACAUCCGUAGAGUAUGACCUUACCUCACACAGGAAGCGGCGCAGGUCCUAAUCCAGGCACUUGUCAUCUCCCGUCUGGACUACUGCAACUCGCUGUUGGCUGGGCUCCCCGCUUGUGCCAUCAAACCGUGCAAUUUAACCAGAACGCUGCAGCCCGCCUGGUUUUCAACCUUCCCAAGCUCUCCCAUGUCACCCCGCUCCUCCGCACACUCCACUGGCUUCCAGUCAAAGCUCGCAUCAACUACAAGACCAUGGUGCUUGCCUACGGAACAGCAAGAGGAACUGCCCCUCCCUACCUUCAGGCUAUGCUCAAACCCUACAUCACAACCCGAGCACUCCGUUCUGCCACCUCUGGUCUCUAGGCCCUCCCACUCAGUCCAGUCCAAGCUCUUCUCUGUCCUGGCACCCCAAUGGUGGAAGCAGCUUCCCCUUGAAGCUAGGAAAGCAGUCCCUUCCCAUCUUCCGAAAGCACCGGAAACCCUACCUCUUCAGAGUAUCUUAAAUAAUCCCCCCCCCCCCCCCCCCCCCCCCCCCAAACAAAUUGAGAGAAAUAAGCUUUUUGGGCAUAUGUACAAUUUCUGGGAUCUUUGAUUUCUGCUCAUGAAACAUGGGACCAGAACUGUACAUGUUGCGUUUAUAUUUUUGUUCAUAAUACUUAACGUAAUGCCAUGAUUUACUAUAGUAUUAACAUCUGAGAAUGGUUUUUAUUUGGUUAAAAGCUUAUAAGCAGUUUAUAAGCAAGUAAUUGGUGCCUUAUACAACAUGUUUCCAAAUAAACAGAAAUGGUAUGUAAGCCACAUUGCUGUCUCUCUCGCUUUUUGCCAUGGCUGAAGGCUUUGUUUCUGUUGUGUAGGUUCUUUUUGAUGUGCUACAUGUUUGUGAACCUGGCCUGUGCCUUGCAAACCCUCCUGAGGACGCCUAACUGGAGGCCACGCUUCAAGUUCUAUCACUGGUGAGUCCCACAAAAUCCCAUCAAAGGAACGCCUCCUGAGAGAUGAUACAAGGGCCUUGAAUGUGUGUGUGUGUGUGUGUGUGUGUGCGUGCACGCACGUCUCACCUCUAGUUCUUGGUGUGCGCCGGCCCUUCGUCCAGCCUCGUCAGACUGUAUCGGGUGGCGCUGAGAGAAAUGUGAGUUCUUUCUCUCAGCGCUGCCCGAUAUGCACUGAUGAGGCUGAAGGAGGGGCCGGCUCACACCAAGAACUGGAGGUGAGAUGCGCACACACACACACUCACACACAUACAAGCGUGCGUGUGUUUUUAUACUGUUUAAUGUACAGUAUAUAUAUUGUAUGUACUGUAUGGCUGCAUGUGUGCGUGCGUGUGUGUGUGUGUGUGCAUUCUGUACGUGUGUAUCUAAUCCUUUCUCUGUUUGUGUCUCUUUACAGGGCCCUGUCCUUCCUGGGCAUGAGUCUGUGUCUAUCACUCAUGUUCAUCUGUUCCUGGUUCUACGCCAUCGUUGCCAUGGUGAUCGCUGGCAGUAUCUACAAGUAUAUCGAGUUCCACGGGUGAGUGUAGCGCGACCCCUGAGACAGAUUGGAUUCGCUGGCUGUGUGUGUGUGUGUGUGUGUGUGUGUCUGUGUAUUGGGAGGGGAAUUAAAAAUCCUAUCAACCAUCAUUCAGUCAGGCCAGUUAAAGGGGAAAUGUGUUGAUUGGGGUUUCCACUGUUUGGACAGUUUAGUGUUAUGGCUUGUUGUGCUGAGACAAUGGCUUGGGUUGCAAUUACAUGACUUGAUGGUAAAGCUGGUUGAAAACAGAGCUUGGCUAACAACGACUUAGCAUUCUGUAUAUGGGAAGAGAGGCUUUAAAGCGGUACAAGGGACUUUUGCAGCGAUGCCUCCCAGGCUGAUUUUUAAACAACUUUUUUAAGCGACGAUUUUUAAAGACCCAUGCUCACACAAUUCUUAUGACUCCCUAAACUGAUAGCCUACCGGACGGUGAAAAUAGGUUUGACAUUUAGAUGUGUUAGAAGCCUGUGCAGUUCAUUGAAUAACAAUGUUAUAAUAUUGUCAUUUUAAUUUGUAAUAGACAUGUAAUAACACAUAGGCCUAGUUAUUAGACUUUUAAUGGUGUAAUAAUCACUAUGUAAUACCAUUAGUUGUGACAUGAUUGAAUAAUAUAACCUUGGUGUGUGAUUGUGUGACAGGGCGGAGAAAGAGUGGGGUGAUGGGAUACGAGGCAUUUCUCUCAGCGCCGCCCGAUAUGCUCUGAUGAGGCUGGACGAGGGGCCGGCGCACACCAAAAACUGGAGGUGAGACGUGCACACACAAACACACACAAACACACACAAACACACACACAAACACACACACAGUGUACCAGACCUGGGUUCAAAUCAGGGGUUGGAACUGCUUCAGGAAACAGAACUGAAAAACGAAAAAUAAUGACAUUUUCAGAGGAACCAGAACUGGGAAUGAAAGUGAUCUCUAGUGUUCCGGAACAUAACCGUUAUUUUCAAAUAUUGAGAACUGGUUAAUAAUGUUAUUUUCAGUUCCACAAAUAUUCCUAAUGUCUAGUAUAUAAUUCUGUAAUUCGGUGAAGUUAUAAUGCUAGUAAUAGCCUAAACACAUUCCAAUUCACGUCAUGCCAUGAUGUUCAGCGUCUUAAACCAAGCCCCCUCCAUGUCCACACCUCUCUCUUGCUCUCUCCCUACCCGUGAAAUUUCAGUCGCAUCUCGCGCCUGCACUUAGUUGACCAAUCAACCAUCUUACCCGUUCCACAGCAAGCUUCUCUAUCGGCACUAAUUGGGGGAGUAAAUGAAUGAGCUAAAUGUAAAAACAUGGUUGAUUUUACAGGUAAAAAGAUGAACGAAAAGGAACUAUAUGAACCAUUCCAUAUUUUUUGUUCGAACCGGUUCAGAAUUUUAUUUUCUGGUUGGAACACCAGAAUGGAAGAAAAUAAAUAGGGGUUCUGCUCGGAACGGAACAAGUGGACAUUAUUUAUGUUCCAACUAGGGUUGCAAAGCUACCGAUACUUUAAGUAUAAGUUACCGGAAUUUUCAGUAAUUUUGGUAAUUAAUAGAAAAUCUAUGGCAAUCUAUCGCGACUUUGGUCAUUUAUACUUGAAUAACUUUUUUUUUUAAUGAUUCAUAUAUAGUAUUAAUGUAUUAUAUCUGUGUACAUAUUGUCCAUGAGGUUCUAGUACAUUUUUUAUUUUUUUAUUUAACCUUUAUUUAACCAGGUAAGCCAGUUGAGAACAAGUUCUCAUUUACAACUGCGACAUGGCCAAGAUAAAGCAAAGAUAGACCACAUGGUUCAAGAGAAAACAGCCUUAUUAAUGGAAAAAGCAUCUAACCAACAAUGGCAUUUUUUUUUAUUAACUCUGCAACCCUUCCAACUAUUGACAUUUUUCACAACUGCCAGCAGUUUGAUGCUAAAACAUUGACAACAAAUACAUAUUGACAUAGUAAAAUAAAGAAACGUUUGUAAAAAAAAUAUUUAAAGGAUAUUUCAUGCUGAAAACUUCAUAUUAAACACCAAUGGUAUUCGCUAAGUUGAUGGUUUAUACACUGUGUGUGCAAAACAUUAGGAACACCUGCUCUGAAGUACCCAUAAGGGCCACUAGAUGUCUUGUGACAGAUUACAUAAAAUCCUUGAAAGAAACCAAACUUCUAGUAGUUUACUGGCAAACUUAGAAAGUUUCCAGUAGUAUACCCUCCCUUUGCAACCCUAGUUCCAACUCCUGGUUCAAAUACUUGUGUAUUUGAAUAUCUGGUAUUUAAAAUACUUUUUUCUGUAUAUUUGAGUAUUUUCAAAUACACAGCCCAAAACAAAUACUUUUAUUUUUGUAUUUGAAUUGUUAUAAAAAUAAAAAUAAAGUAUACUAAAUUGUAUUUGAAAGUAUUUUCAAAUAUUUUCCUGGAAGACUAUUUGAAACCAAAAAUAUUUCUAAUUCCCUCAAAUACUUUACAUCCCAUAUCUUCACCAACUACUGAUCCUCUGAAAUUCUGGAAGACACAAAUACCCAACACUGAACAGAGUUGCUGCUGAGUACCUGCAUGUCCCAGCAUCCUCUGCAGCUGUGGCGCGGCUUUUCAGCAUUGGAGGGCUUAUCUUCAGACCAGAUCACUACACAAACCCUGAUGUUUUUUAAAUGUAACAUGGCAUCUUGUCCUCUUUCAUGAGACACCAAUGUAAAGUAAGGGCUGUAUAUUGUGAUUUAAAAAGUGAAAUAAGACCUAUUUUCAAAUACAUACCAAAUAACAAUACAUACUAAAUUACAAUAUUUAUUUGAAAAUACUGUCUUUCAAAUACUUCCAACAAUAUGUAUUUGAAUUAAUGGUAAACACAUGACAAUACUUUCCAAAUAGUGUUUUCAAAUACAUUCCAAUAUUCAACUACUUGUUUUUUCAAAUGAAGCUUAUCUGAAUAUUUGUUUUGAAAUUUCAUAAAAAGUCAUUGAAAUACCUGAAAUAGUAUUUUAACCCAGGUCUGCAGUGUACGCAGAUAAAACCACAUAAAUAACUACACAGGCCAUUUUGUGUCACCUAUCUAAUAAACAUGGAAAUGAACGACAUGUCUGUGCAUGUGUAGCAUUCCAUUUAAAUUAUUUUAAUAAAUUUUGAGCUACUGUCAUGUAACAGACAAUAAUAAUUUUUUGAACAUACUCGUGAUAACCUCAGUGCACUCUUCCUUGCUUUUCUCUCUCUUUAUUUCACUUGUUCUCUACCUUUCUAUCUUUCAAAUCUCUGUGCUACACUUUAAAUUCAACUGAAAAUGCUUUACUGGAAUGACAGAAGUAUACGUAUUUGUUUUGCAACACGUUAAAACCCUUCCUCCAAUUCCUUCCUUCCUUCCUUCCUUCCUUCCUUCCUUCCUUCCUUCCUUCCUUCCUUCCUUCCUUCCUUCCUUCCUUCCUUCCUUCCUUCCUUCCUUCUUUUCCUUCUGCAACUCCCUCUGUCGCCCUCCAGGCCUCAGCUGCUGGUGUUGGUCAGUACGGAUGUGGAGCAGAAUGUGGAGCAGCCUCGCCUGCUCUCGCUGACCAACCAGCUGAAAGCGGGCAAAGGGCUGACCAUCGUGGGCACUGCCUUGGCAGGCACCUACCUGGAGAACCACCCCCAGGCCCAGCGAGCAGAGCAGGUUAGAUACCAGGCAGAUCCCAUGGCAUCCCACUGCAUAUCACACAAACAGCACUACUCUCCGAUCUGGACUGCUUUAGACUUGAUCCUGUGACUCUGUUCCAAUAUCCACACUUAAAACACUUAAAAUGAAGCUGUACCUAAAAUCAGUGUUACCACCGUCCAUUUCACCCUUCAAUUGCUGGGCAAGUUGUUGACCCUUAUUGCCCUCUGUGGCUUAGUUGGUUCCCUUACAAAGGCGCUUAUCCAUAUCGAUAGAGCGAGAGAGAGCGACGAGGCGAUCGCGAGGAGAUGAGAGGAGAGAGAAGAGCGCGAGAGUAGCGAGCGGAUACAGAAGAGAGAGAGAGCAGAGAGAGAGCUACAGAGACGCUAUCGGAGAUCGUAUAUGAGCUCUAGAGCGCGUAGCGCUCUCUCUCUAUCUCUCUCUCUCUCUCUCUCUCUCUCUCUCUCUUUCGCUCUCUCUCUCAUCCCCUCUCUACUCACCCUCCCCCUCUCCCUCCCUCUCUCUUCCGCCCUUCAUUCUCUCUCUCAUCCCCGCCCCCUUCCCCUCCAGUCUCUGCGUAAGCUGAUGGAGACAGAGAAGGUGAAGGGCUUCUGCCAGGUCACCAUCUCAUCCAACAUGCGCGACGCCACCUCCCAUCUGCUCCAGGCCAGUGGACUGGGCGGUCUCAUGCACAACACGGUCCUGGUCAGCUGGCCGCGCAACUGGAAGCAGGCUGACGACCACCAGACCUGGAGGGACUUCAUCGGUGGGUCACAGAGGGGGUCAAGGGUGGAUGGUCAAGUAGGAUGGGGGGGUAAAAGGAGGGGUAGGAAAAACAAACACGUUAUUUAUCUAGGUUAUUACUGUCUUAUUACCAUGUUACCCUUCUAAGUAAAUUCUGGUCAAUUUUGCACCAUACAAUGAAGAAGUUGUAGACAUAUCAUUAACAAUCAUCUUUAUGUUUUGUUUUUUUGUACACAAGAUCAUCACUUUAAUCCAUAUUCUACCUAUACAGGAUGUUACAUGAACUAUCGGAUCUUCACAAGAUCUUCCAUAAAGGUUAUUGAGUGAUCAUCAGACUCAUAUUAGAUGAACUCCCCCCUCUUCCCUCUCUAUCCUGUCCUGUAGAGCUGGUUCGGGAGACCACAGCCGCCCACCUGGCCCUGCUGGUGCCCAAGAACAUCGCUGCCUUCCCGUCCAAUGGAGAGCGCUUCUCAGAGGGCCACAUUGAUGUGUGGUGGAUUGUCCAUGAUGGAGGCAUGCUGAUGCUGCUGCCUUUCCUUCUGCGCCAGCACAAGGCAGGCUGCCCAGCACACGCCCUCCCUGAGACAUGGGUCGCAUUGCAUUGGCCAUGUUUUAUAUAGACAUUAUUAAAGUCUAUUUAUAAACUGGGUGGUUCGAGCCCUGAAUGCUGAUUGGCUGACAGCCGUGGUACAUCAGACCGUAUACAUGUAUUUUUACUGUUCUAAUUACGUUGGAAACCAGUUUAUAAUAGCAAUAAGGCACUUUGGGGGUUUGUGGUGUAUGGCCAAUAUACCUCGGCUAAGGGCUGUGUCCAGGCACUCCGCGUUGCGUCGUGCUUAAGAACAGCCCUUAGCUGUGGUAUAUUGGCCAUAUACCACACCCCCUCGGGCCUUAUUGCUUAAAUAUAUAACUAGUCAUGCACUCAGUUUUAUAGUAAGGUGCAAUGUAAAUUUUUUACUAUAGUGCAGGGCAUUCGUACAAUCAGUUUGUUAACUAAUCAAUACGCAUGCUAUGGCAGUUUCUAUACAUCGUCAUGAAGGUUCUAACCGGAAUACUGUAUGACAGGUUAUAGAUGAGCAGGUUACAAUGGUAUUUCCUACCGACAGGUGUGGAGGAAGUGCAGAUUACUGUAUAACAGGUUAAAGAUGAGCAGGUUACACUGGUCUUUUCUACUAAUAGGUGUGGAGGAAGUGCAGGAUGCGCAUCUUCACCGUGGCCCAGAUGGACGACAACAGCAUCCAGAUGAAGAAAGACCUGACCACCUUCCUGUACCACCUGCGUAUCGAUGCCGAGGUUGAAGUGGUGGAAAUGGUUAGACUCCAUGUCUGUCUAUGACUGUUUCAGAUUAAAGAUACACUAUGGGAGUUUACGUGUUAAUUGUUGACUCAAAAUGUUGUCUUGAAUAUUGGCUGUAUGGAUCAUAUGACAUAGUUGAUAUAAUAUUAAUCAUCAUUGUAUUAUGUAUGGAGGUGUGUUAGCUGUCUCCCAUGUUCCUUGCGGUGCUGCUGUCCAUCCAGUAGACUGAUGACACCAAACACAAAGUUGUCCAUAUGACAUCCAUAGGACACCUGGUGUAUCUGGCCAUCCUCAAUACACUAACCCAGGCCUUCUCCUCUCUCAGCACGACAGCGACAUCUCAGCCUACACCUAUGAGAAGACCCUGGUGAUGGAACAGCGAUCGCAGAUCCUAAAACAGAUCAACCUGACCAAGACCGAGCGAGAGAGAGAGGUAGGGUUGCAAAGUUACCGGUAAUUUACCAAAGUUACCGGAAUUGUUGGUAAUCUAUGGCAAUUUCAAAAAGUGUAUUCAUAAUAUAGUAUUCAUUUUUUAUAUCUGUGUCCAUAUUGUCCAUGAGUUAGACCAUAUGGUUCAAGAGAAAAUAGACUAAUUAAUGAAAAAAGCAUCUAAUCAACAAUGGCAUUAUUUUCUAUUAACUCUGCAACACUUCAAACAAUUGACUUUUUUCACAACUGCCACCAGUUUGGCAACAAAACAUUUACAACAAAGACAUAUUGACAUAGUCAAGUAAAUAAAAGUGUGUAAAAAAAUAAAUAAAGGUUAUUUCAUACUGAAACCCUCAUAUUAAACACCAAUGGUAUUCACUAAGUUGAUGGUUUAUAUUUAGGAUAAUGUUUUACAGCUUUGUCAUUCUAUAUACAGUACCAGUCAAAAGUUUGGACACACUUACUCAUUCAAGGGUUUUUCUUUAUUUUUACUAUUUUCUACAUUGUAGAAUAAUAGUGAAGACAUCAAAACUAUGAAAUAACACAUAUGGAAUCAUGUAGUAACCAAAAAAGUGUUAAACAAAUCAAAAUAUAGUUUCUCUUUGCUUAUUUGAGCUGUUCUUGCCAUAAUAUGGACUUGGUCUUUUACCAAAUAGGGCUAUCUUCUGAUAUACCAACCCUACCUUGUCACAACACAACUGAUUGGCUCAAACACAUUAAGAAGGAAAGAAAUUCCACAAAUUAACUUUUAACAAGGCACACCUGUUAAUUGAAAUGCAUUCCAGGUGACUACCUCAUGAAGCUGGCUGAGAGAAUGCCACGAGUGUGCAAAGCUGUCAUUAAGGCAAAGGGUGGCUAUAUAUUUUGAUUUGUUUAACACUUUUUUUAGUUACUACAUGAUUCCAUAUGUGUUAUUUCAUAGUUUUGAUGUCUUCACUAUUAUUCUACAAUGUAGAAAAUAGUAAAAAUAAAGAAAAACACUUGAAUUAGUAGGUGUGUCCAAACUGUUGACUGGUACUGUAUAUACAGUAUAUAUAUAUAUAUAUAUAUAUAUAUAUAUAUAUAUAUAUAUAUAUAUAUAUAUAUAUAUAUAUAUAUAUAUAUAUUUUUUUUUUAAUCAUCUUAUUUGAUUAUUUGAUAUAUAUAUUUUACAUGUGAUAAGGCCACACAGAGGGCCAGAGACAGUUACAGACACCUGUGAUAAUCUGAAGUAUCAAAAAGGGCCACUAGAUGUCUUGUGAUAAACAACAUAGAAUCCUUGAAAGUUACCAGAAUUCUGGUAGUUUACUUGUAAUAUACCCUCCCUUUGCAACCCUAGAGAGAGGUACCGCUUUACACAGAAUAACUAGAAUGGGCUAAUUCUUUUUUUAUUUAAUAUUUUACAUUUAUCAUGCCACUACUGCACGUUACACUCUGCAACACAUCAAUGAACCAUGUCUGAAAAGUCGCUUUGGUUUCAUAAAGUGAAAAACAAACAAGAUAUUGAUCAUGUUGUAAUGACAUUAGCACUCCUCAAUGCUUCAUGUAGCCUGGAGACUGUAAAGCCAGUGUGUGUACAUCCAAUAUGUUGCCUGAUGCUGGGUAAACCAAUCAAGACAGAAGAACAUAAAGAAUGCAUCGCACAGUAUUGCUGCACCCAAAAGUGAUUGAAUUGUCUACAUUCACAGACAAUGUUCUGAAAACGUAAAUGUUCAUAACCUUGUUUUGUCUCCAUGUAGACAAUACCAAACAAGAUAUGAAUCAUGUUGUGAUGAUAUUAGCACUCCUAUGUCUGAUUCACACUAUAGGGCUGACCCGAACUGAACUGUGCUGGCUUGCAUAUUUUAUUUUCUCCUAGCAACUACGAUGGAUGCGAAACCAGGCCAGCCCAGUACAGCUUGGCAUGGCUCAGUUCAGUUUGGCUCAGUAGUGUGAAAUGCUUUAUUCAGCUCUUUGUCUUCCUUCCGCAGAUCCAGAGCAUCACAGACUCAUCCCGCGGAUCCAUCCGGCGCAAGAACCCGGCGGCUGCGACCACCCAGCUGAGUGUGACCGAGGAACAGCCCGGUGCGAGCAGCAAGGAGGAGGAGAAACCCGAGGAGGAGGUUGGUGCUGUUACUGUCCGGUCAACUGAGCCACAUUCACUCUAACCAGGGAGUAUACCGGUAAUUAAGAAUUAAUGCUACGAGGCCAGCGCUGGCAAAUACUUGAAAGCAGAGCAGUCAAUUGAGUUGUGAGGGGUUGUGAUGUGACUGUGAACUGCUGAUGUACAAACAUUAGGAGAUCAGUGGUUUUGACCCUGGGGUGGUGGCUUUUCAGACUUCCUUACUUUUUUUAUGCUGUGAGGAUAAUUGCGGUCAGGCAUGGUCAAGGAAUGGUCAGGAAUGAUUGAAGGGGUUGUGAACCGCUGGUGUUGACAUUGGGAGGUCAGUGGUUUUCACCCUUAGGUGGUGGUUUUUCAGACUUCCAACUUUUUCUACUAGUGAGGUUUUAUGGUUCGAGGACAGUUGCAGUCAGGCACAGUCCAGGAAUGAAUGGUUAAGGGGUUGGGGUUGUGAACCGCUGGUGUUGACAUUAAGAGGUCCGUUUUUUUACACUUCCAACCCACUCUACCAGUGGGUUAUUCAUGUGUCUUUUUUUUGCGGUCAGGCACAGUCAGGGAAUGGUUAAGGGGUAAGGGAAGACUCACACAGGCUCUCGACUGGUCACAGUGUUUCUUGCAAAUUAUUGGAUACCAGGAUUUUUUUCAUUUAACCUUUAUUUUAUCAGGGAGUCAUACUGAGACCAAGGUCUAUUUUACAGAUGAGCCCUGAAUUACAGAAAUUACAGAAAAUACACCCAUCAAAAUAUGCAUCCAAAAUGCAAGCAGAAAGAAAAACAGUCAUAAAAAACUAACACAUUCAUCAGUAAUAAGGUCCUCAAUCAGCUUUCUGAAUUGCACUAGAGGCACCAGAACAUAACAUUUAAGAACAUUUUGAAGAUUGUUCCACAAAUAAGGUGCAAGAAAAUUAAAAGCUGAUUUACCUAACUCAGGAGAGACCACAGGAAUUUCCAGAGUUAGCCAUCCCUGAGACUGGGUGUGGUAACUCUUAUGUCUAAAGAUUAGUAAUGAUGUUCGGUACAGGGAGACUUUUGGUUAAAGGGCUUUAUAAAUGAAAACAUAGCAAUGUAUCAACCUAUGUGACAUCAAAGAGGCCCAACUAACUUUCUGGUAGAGAAUGCAGUGAUGAGUACUAAAAUUGUCGCCUGUAAUAAAGCACAGUGCGUUAUGGUAAACUGCAUCUAACGGCUUUAAUGAAGUGGCUGCUGCGUUCAUAUAGGAUCUAGGAACGUCGACUGAAUAAUCUGCUUUCUACUAUUUAGCGAGAGGCAGGACCUAUUUCUAAAGAAGAAGCCCAUUUUUAUUCUCAGCAUCUUAACUAACUCAUCAAUAUGCUUUUUAAAAAACAGUUUUUCAUCUAUCCAGAUGCCCAGAUAUCUGUAAGCAGGGACACGAUCAAUAUGGACACCAUCCAAAGAACAUAUGCUUAAAUCAUCAGACUUAUUUUUAUGCGCUUUAGAGAACAACAUAUACUUAGUUUUACCUGCAUUCAGUACUAAUUUCAGGUCAAUUAAGUUUUUCUGUAAUACAAUGAUGGCAGACUGUAGUUCAGAUAGAGCCUGGUCAACCGUGGGGGCAAUAGCAUACACAACAGUAUCAUCAGCAUACAAGUGCAGAUUAUUAUUAUUUAUUUUACAUUCAAGUCGAUAUUAUUAAUGUAAACAGUAGAAAGUACAGAAUCGACCCCUGUGGGACACCUUUCGUAAUAUCCAGGAAACAUGAUUUAACACCAUCAGUAGAUAUACAUUGAGUUCUAUCUGUCAAGUAAUUUUUAAACCAGUUGCAUGCAGCCUUGUCUAGGCCAAUUUAGGAAAGCCUCUGAAUUAGCAGUAAGUGAUCAACAGUACCGAAAGCCUUUGACAGGUCAAUGAAGAGGGCAGCACAAUGUUGCCUUUUAUCCAUAAAGUUAACCACAGAAUUUAUAACUAGGGAUGCAGUAGAAACAGUGCUAUGACCUGGUCUAAAACCCGACUGAUCUACAGUACCUGUCAAAAGUUUGGACACACCUAUUCAAUGGUUUUUCUUUAUUUUUUAUAUUUUAUACAUUGUAAAAUAAUAGUGAAAACAUCAAAACUAUUAAAUAACACAUAUGGAAUCAUGUAGUAACCAAAAAGUUAUACAGUUGAAGUCGGAAGAUUACAUACACCUUAGCCAAAUACAUUUAAACUCAGUUUUUCACAAUUCCUGACAUUUAAUCCUAGUAAAAAUUCCCUGUCUUAGGUCAGUUAGGAUCACCACUUUAUUUUAAGAAUGUGAAAUGUCAGAAUAAUAGUAGAGAGAAUGAUUUAUUUCAGCUUUUAUUUAUUUCAUCACAUUCCCAGUGGGUCAGAAGUUUACAUACACUCAAUUCGUAUUUAGUAGCAUUGCCUUUAAAUUGUUUAACUUGGGUCAAAUGUUUCGGGUAGCCUUCUACAAGCUUCCCACAAUAAGUUGGGUGAAUUUUGGCCCAUUCCUCCUGACAGAACUGGUGUAACUGAGUCAGGUUUGUAGGCCUCCUUGCUCGCACAUGCUUUUUCAGUUCUGCCCACAAAUGUUCUAUAGGAUUGAGGUCAGGGCUUUGUGAUGGCCACUCCAAUACCUUGACUUUGUUGUCCUUAAGCCAUUUUGCCACAACUUUGGAAGUAUGCUUGGGGUCAUUGUCCAUUUGGAAGACCCAUUUGCGACCAAGCUUUAACUUCCUGACUGAUGUCUUGAGAUGUUGCUUCAAUAUAUCCACAUCAUUUUCCUUCCUCAUGAUGCCAUCUAUUUUGUGAAGUGCACCAGUCCCUCCUGCAGUAAAGCAACCCCACAGCAUGAUGCUGCCACCCUCGUGCUACACGGUUGGGAUGGUGUUCUUCGGCUUGCAAGCAACCCCCUUUUUCCUCCAAACAUAACGAUGGUCAUUAUUGCCAAACAGUUCUAUUUUUGUUUCAUCAGACCAGAGGACAUUUCUCCAAAAAGUAUGAUCUUUGUCCCCAUGUGCAGUUGCAAACCAUAGUCUGGCUUUUUUAUGGCAGUUUUGGAGCAGUGGCUUCUUCCUUGCUGAGUGGCCUUUCAGGUUAUGUCGAUAUAGGACUCGUUUUACUGUGGAUAUAGAUACUUUUGUACCGGUUUCCUCCAGCAUCUUCACAAGGUCCUUUGCUGUUGUUCUGGGAUUGAUUUGCACUUUUCGUACCAAAGUACGUUCAUCUCUACGAGACAGAACGCAUCUCCUUCCUGAGCGGUAUGACGGCUGUGUGGUCCCAUGGUGUUUAUACUUGCAUACUAUUGUUUGUACAGAUGAACGUGGUACCUUCAGGCGUUUGGAAAUUGCUCCCAAGGAUGAACCAGUCUUGUGGAGGUCUACAAUUGUUUUUCUGAGGUCUUGGCUGAUUUCUUUUGAUUUUCCCAUGAUGUCAAGCAAAGAGGCACUGAGUUUGAAGGUAGGCCUUGAAAUACAUCCGCAGGUACACCUCCAAUUGACUCAAAUGAUGUCGAUUAGCCUAUCAGAAGCUUCUAAAGCCAUGACAUCAUUUUCUGGAAUUUUCCAAGCUAUUUAAAGGCACAGUCAACUUAGUGUAUGUAAACUUCUGACCCACUGGAAUUGUGAUACAGUGAAUUAUAAGUGAAAUAAUCUGUCUGUAAACAAUUGUUGGAAAAAUUACUUGUGUCAUGCACAAAGUAGAUGUCCUAACCAAAACUAUAGUUUGUUAACAUGAAAUUUGUGGAGUGGUUGAAAAACAAGUAUUAAUGACUCCAACCUAAGUGUAUGUAAACUUCCGACUUCAACUGUAUAUUCUGGUUUAUGGAUACAUCUACAACCAGGAGUUCAAAUAUUUAAAGAUUGGGACGCCAUUAAAUUUGAUUUUACAUAUAUGGCCACUCCCCCUCCUUUCUGCAAUCUGUCACAUCUAAAUACAUUAUAAUAAUUUACAUCAAUGUCUUUAUCAGAGACAGAACCAUUUAACCAUGUUUCCGAGAGAACCAGAAUGUCAGGACAUGAGUCCUGGACCCAAAUGUCAUUUGUGUCAAUAUUUGUAACCAUUUAGGUGCAUUAGCCCAAGCCCCUUACGAAAUGUAAAGUUAGAGGGAGUAUUAAGAUAAUUCCCAUAAGAGCUAACAGGCAUAGGGUCAUCUGCCUUGUCUCUCCCCACCCUGUCUCGUGAUCUCAGUCUGUCUCUGUCGCUGUGUCCCCUCCCCCUCAGGUCCAGCUCAUCCAUGACAGCACCACCCCGGCCAGUCCCGCCACCCCGGCUACCCCCCUGACCCCGGCCAACGAGGGGGGUGCCCAGACCCCAGGGUCGGCCCAGGUCCAGAUGACCUGGACGGAAAAGGCUGAUGGUGAGCCGGCCAAGCCGCCUGGCGCCUCCACCCCGGAGGGCAUCAAAGACAUCUUCAACAUGAAGCCGUGAGUGUGGUUUGGCAAAACUGGUUUAUGAGCCCUGAUGAAGACCUGAGUGGUCAAAACGUUGUCAAUAGUAUGCAAAGUCUCUUUUCACUUAAAAAAAAAGAAAACUGGUAUACUCCCAUGUUGGAACCAAAAGUUAUUGAAGAGUAACAUUCUGAUUGGCAUUCUUCUUGUCUUGGGACUUUUGGUGUCAAAAUGGCGGAUGUUGAAAUUCAACAUCUUAAUAAAGGGAUAGUUCACUCCAAAACUAUAUUUUAGUAUUUUGUUCAUUAAUCCACUGUUAAUACAAUCCCAUGUCAGCAGUGAAGUUUUAAAAAAGAGCACUUUCAAUACAGAGAAAAAACUGUGAUGAUGCAUUUUGCAUUCUCACUUUUAAUCUUGUGUUUCUCUCCCUUGUCAUGCUGCAGUGAGUGGGAAAACCUGUAAGUAUUUCUGUGGCUCAAACAUUGGUGGAGCUUACAUGAAACAGUGGUCUGGAAAAAAUAGUAAUUUUGUGGAAAGAGUGUUUUUUAAUAUAUAUUUCAUCAAAGAUUCCAUGGACCAAGUCAGCAUAGCAAAGGUUGAUUAUGUCUUGAGUGUUCUGAAUAGAAAAGUCGAUGCUUGAGUGAAGGACUUAAUGAGUGAAAGAGUGAGCAUUUUGUUUUAGCUGUUUGUGAAUUAGUAGCCUAAAAAGGUUGCAGUUCCACAGUUUGUUUCACUGAAUGCCUAAACAUAAUACUGCAUUAUGAACAAAUUAACCUUUGGUUUGGAGCUUAGCAUCUUGUUUAUUCCAUCAGAAACCAGUCCAAUGUGAGACGCAUGCACACAGCACUGAGGCUGAACGGUGUCAUCGUGAAGAAAUCCUCAGAGGCCAAGCUGGUGCUCCUUAACAUGCCCGGGCCACCCAAAAACCGAGCGGGCGACGAGAACUGUAUCCUUCUUUCUCUAUCCUCUCUCUCUCACUCCCAGGGAGCUUCCAAGGGUGGUCAUAUUAGAACAGACAAACAUGUAUUAUUGCAGGCACAGGGCCGGCUCUAGUCUUUUGGGGGCCCUAAGCAAGAUUUGGUUGGGGGGCCCCACACCUUGCCGCAAAACAUUUUAAUGGCAGCAGAAAGAAAAAAUGUGGUUUUGCAUUUCCUGCAAUUCUACAAUUCAAAUGUUAUAAUUUUAUAACAAAUUGAAUGCAAUUCUUCUCAUUUUGCCAUGGGGUGGAGACAAAUUUUUGCAGUUUUAAAGCUAAUUUCCCAAAAUGUUCCACAUUUUGCCAUGACUUAUGCCAUGUUUAUAUGAUAUCUGAGUGAGAAUGACUAACUAAAUCAAUGGGGGCCCCCUGGAGGUCAGGGCCACUGGGCACGGCCCUGUGUGCCAGUUCAGUAUUUAGCCAGUUUUAGAUAGCUGGCUAGACUAACUAACAAUCUAAAAAUGAACAUGGCUAAUUGUCAACUAAUUGAGACUGACAAAACAAGAGAAAAACUGCUGAUGCACAACCACAUUUAGAAAUUGCACCUGGUGUAUUCUACUAUUCUUACUCUCAAUAGUAAGUCGAGACACGACUGAGUAAAAAAAAUACUAAAUGUUUUUUUUGGGGGUGGGGGGGGGUAGGGGCCCCCCUAACGGCCGUGGGCCCUAAGCGACCGCUUAUGUCGCUUACGCCUGGAGCCAGCCCUGCACAGGCAUACAAGCUAUUUGUUUGUAAGUUAGGUUUAGGGUUUAGGUGAGGGUUAGGGUUAGGGUUAGGGUGAAUGGUCGAAAUCAGAUUUGUUGUUAGAGAGCUUCUGAAGUGGACUUGGCGUCCAUUUUCACACUGAAUGGGGUUAUUUGUAUUUGUAUUUAUUAUGGAUCCCCAUUAGCUGCUGCCAAGGCUGGGGUCCAGCAAAAAUUAAGGCAGUAAUAUACAUUAUAAUACAAUUUGUAAACAUUAAAAUACAUUUUACAACAGAUUUCACAACACAUUAAGUGUGUGCCCUCCGGCCAUUACUCAACUACAACACACAAUCCAGGUGUACAUGUGUGUAUAGUGUGUACGUUAUGUGUGUUUGUAUGUGUUUCAGUGAAGGCUGGUGACUUGAACAAUUGAGGAGGAUGGGAGACCCACAGUAUAGGCGCGGAAUGCACGGAGACGACGACGCGUGUUUAACAAAUCGUCAAAGGCUAAUUAUUUUAACCUAAAGCAUUUAUUAAAGACAUUUAUAGUACAAUAUUAUGGGGAAUGGGAAUGAGAAGGCUACUUACACAGUGUUGGGAAGGGAUCACAGCAGUGAUUGAAUGAGGGUAUGAGGCAUGAGUUGAGGUGUUCAGAGGCUUGACUUCAGUGCAGGACAGGGGAUGAGGUGUUCAUAGGCUUCACUGCAGGACAGGCUCAUCAUGGAUGGAUGGUGUUGGAGAAGAGCUCAACUCUUCUCCAACACUGAGGGCAGGACAGGAUUUGACUGGGAAGACAAACAAUAACACAAUACACUACACAGUUAGACAAAAGAGCUAAGAAUGAGUUAGUCCAAGCAAGGAGUAAAAUCAUUGAUGUGUAAUAAUGUGAUUGUGUUUGUGUGUGUGAUUGACUCUACAUACAGUAAUGAGAGAAAAUUGAUAGGGGUACUCACAGUGCUUGGAGAGGAAACAUUCAACGUGCCAGUGGAUGAGAGGGCACAUGAGACGUGGCUUCAGUUCAUGUCAGGACAGAGUUGACAAUGGUAGUGGAGUGGUCAUCACCUCUUAAUCAGGGAACAGGAGGAGGGGACUUAGCUGUAAAUACAAGUAGCAGACACAUUCCAUUACAGCUGUGCCAUCGUAGGUUUGGGCAACGGGUUUCUCCAUGAAGUUGACACAUCAAAGUAGCCCAAGAAACGCUCCUGAAUAAAGCCCUGAUCAUCCACAUACCUGACGAUAACUGACAACAGCAAGCAGACUGGUGGCACAAUAGGGCCCAGAGAAGUGGGGCAAUUGUUUCCCCCUGGGGCCCGGAGUUUUUCCUUAUCUGUUAACCUAACCAGGAAAACUCUGGACCCUAUAAUUAUGGAAGUGAUUAAUCACUUCUACAGAAGUUUUAUAUGGGCUAUGAUGGGACUAGGGCUGUGGCGGUCACGAAAUUUCGUCAGCCGGUAAUUGUCAAGCAAAUAACAGUCGGUCUCACGGUAAUUGACCGGCAAUUAACAUAAACACAUUUAGCAUCUCCUGGCUUCCACACAUAGCCUACAAGCCACUGAUGCAGACCUUUGGAACAUCUACAUUUAAAAAAGUCUAAUAAAUCCGUGUAAUAUAGCCUACACCUUCACAAUAAAUCCAUUAUUUCUUUUAGACAGGUCUAAAGAAACAUGAUAUAAAGAAAAUGUAGUCUAUUUCAGAAGAACAGAACAGCAUACUCUGAGUUGUCCUUAUGUUAGAUCUUGAUCUGGCUAUACCAUGUGGCUGUGGGCUACACUAGUUCAUUUAGUAGACAAGAUUUGGUUAGAAUUCAGUGUCAUUAUUUUAUAUUAUUUAAUAGUAUGAAGAAUACAAUUGAACAAAGCUGAAUAAAAUAGAAAAUAUAUUUUCUCCAAACGAUUUAAGGGAGUACGCACAUGCGGCUAUUCAAAUGCUUUCCCCGCUUCCGGGGUCCAGGCGAAGGAGCGUACGCUCGUCUGGGUGAUGGCUGUCAGGGGAGCGGCUAGGGAGCUAAAAUUGAGAAUGAAUCGCCUAUAAAAAUGAGCGAACUCUAAAAACCAUUGUAGUUGCUUGAGGGAUGAGGGCUGGGGCCUUGACUGGGUCCAUCCGUAGGUCCCCCUGGGUGAUGAUGAACCCCAGGAAAGAGACUGUCUCAGUGUGGAACACACACUUCUCCACCUUGACGUAGAGCUGGUGACGGAGAAGGCGUUGGAGGACCUGCCGAACGUGCUGCUGGUGUUCACUCAUGUCCUUCGAAAAUAUGAGGAUAUCAUCCAAAUACACGAAGACGCUGUAGUCGAGGAGAUCCCGGAGCACGUCAUUGACCAACGCCUGGAACACCGCAGGCGCGUUGGCUAGACCGAACGGCAUGACUUGGUACUCGUAAUGCCCACUGGGUGUGUUAAAUGCUGUCUUCCACUCGUCCCCCUCCCGAAUCCUCACCAGGUUGUAGGCAUUACAUAAGUCCAGCUUGGUGAAGACCCGUGCUCCCUGCAACGACUCGAAUGCCGUGGUCAUCAGAGGGAGUUGGUAGCGGUUCUUAACCGUGAUGUCGUUGACCGUCCUUUUUCCCCACGAAGAAGAAGCCCGCGCCCGCGGGUGAGGUAGAGGGACGGAUGUGAUAUACUCCCUCAUGGCCAGCAUCUCCGGCCGGGACAAGGAAAACAAUCGCCCUCUUGUGGGCAUGGCGCCCGGCAGGAGAUCGAUAGCACAGUCGUAUGGCCUAUGAGGAGGUAGGCCCUUGGCACGCCUCUUACUAAACACCUCCCCCAGAUCCCAAUACUCCCGGGGAAUGCCUGCCAGGUCUGGGCCGGUGACGGAGUCUGUAGCCGCAUGGGAACAGUGCGCCGGGUGAUGUAGCCCGGAACCGACUCGGAGAGGGAGAGUAACUGAACACUCCACCCUUGGGCCAGCCCCGCGUCCAUCAGGUUUCCCGCGGCCCCAGAAUCCACCAGUGAAUGCGCCCGACAUGCAGCGCGGGCCCACUGAACCCUCCUGUAGCUCAGUUGGUAGAGCAUGGCACUUGCAACGCCAGGGUUGUGGGUUCGAUUCCCACAGGGGGCCAGUAUGAAAAAUGUAUGCACUCACUAACUGUAAGUCGCUCUGGAUAAGAGCGUCUGCUAAAUGACUAAAAUGUCAAAUGUAAAGCCUGACGGGGAGAAAGGUCCGGGAGUCUCUGGAGUUGGGGUUUCAGUUCUGGCUCGCUAGCACCCCUCCCGAUACUAGCGAGCCCUCCCGGGCAUGAUUUGCAGUGGUGACCUGUCUGGCCGCAGUACAGGCAAUGUCCCUGGUGCAGACGCCUCUGCCUCUAUAUCCUGGACAAGCACGCCACACCUGCAUCCCUGAAUCGGAGGAAAGCCUCCGGGCUGAUAGGGGGACAUGGAAGCGCGCCUUGCGUCAUUCCUCUCUCAUGCGCCCUCUCACGGCGCCAAUUGUCUACCCGCACCGAGAGGUCAAUGAGGCCGUCCAGUCGCUCAGGCAGCUCCCUGAAGGAGAGUUCGUCCAUUAUCCCCUCUGAUAGCCCCUGAGCGUAAAGGACGACCAGGGCGGCCUCCUCCCAUCCUGCCUCUUGAGCCCGGGUCCGGAACUCCACGGAGUAGUCCGCCACCGAACGGUCACCCUGCCGACAGGCCGUGAGCCGCCUCUCGGCCUCCUGCCCCGACACCACUGAAAGGUGUCGAACACCUUGCGUAGCUCCCGGGUGAAUAGGUAGGAAUCGGAGCACGCCGGAGUUUUGCUCUCCCACUCCGCAGUAGCCCAGGAAAGGGCCCGACCUGUCAACAGAGUGAUAAUGUAGGCCACCCGGCCCUGCUCCGUCGGGAAGGAGGAUUGUUGUAGGCUGAAUAUCAGCCCUCUGGACGUCCGUCUUAUCUCUCCGGAGGUGGUAGGCUGGGUUCCCGCAAUGUCGCAGGCGAGACUGGAGAUGCUGCUGCCGCGGCUUCCACUCCGCCGGCUGCCGGUGCUGGUCGGGUGUCCACCCGGCUCUGCACGGCGAUCGUCAGCUGGCGGAGAUUCUCUGUGAUCUGCUGCAGGCUGUGGUCGUGCUGGUUCAACAUGGCUCCCUGCGUUGCCAAUGUGCUAUGAUACUGUGCUGCCUCCGCUGGGUCCAUAGUGGCUCAGUUUUCUGUAAGGGUUGGUGUGAGGUGUGACCCAGGUGUGGUGCAGGUUAGACAGUAGGAAGUAGGCAGAGAUGGUGAAACAAGGAUCUUUACUGAUGGUCCUGAAGCCAGGAUACAAAAUAACGGAUUUUACACUAAAAAGAAAGGUGGAGCAAAUAAGACUCCAAAAAACAGGCAGACAGCCAAAAAUACAAAAAUACUAACUAUGACUGAAAUAAUAAAUAAACAGGGAGAACACUUCUCACGUACCUGUCCAUACGUCCCGUGAUCAGACACUGAUUAGUGCUGCUUGGCAUAGUGAAACUAGCAGAGAAAACUGAGCAAGGGAACACAGGGAAGUGAGGGCAUAAAUAUACAGGUGAAUAAGAUAGACACAGGUGACACCAAUAGGAAUAUGAUUAGUCCUGACUGUGAGUGAGGAGGUGCAUUUGGUUGUCGGAGGAUGACACCUAGUGGGUCGCUCCGGAACUGUGACCCACUCCUGUAACAGAGGCGUACAAGCCGGCUUAGGAAAACGGAAGCUAGCUGUCCUCCGGCUACACCGUGGUGCUACUCCAGAGAGUGCUGUUGAAGUUACUAUAGGCAUUCAUUGCAAAACAGUGUGUUUUAAUUAUUUUGUGACAUAUUAAUAUAUUUAGUAUAGUUUUAUCUCAAAAGGAUAACUUUUUUAAUGUUUCACUAUUUUUAUUUUUAUGAAAUUUCAUUGAGGAGGAUGGUCCUCCCCUUCUUCCUCUGAGGAGCCUCCACUGGUGUGUUUGUACCUGUGUGUGUGACUCUUCACAGUCCUUGUUGUUCCAUAAGGUGUAUUUAUAUGUUAUUUCAAUCUGAUUUUACUGCUUGCAUGAGUUACUUGAUGUGGAAUAGAGUUCCAUGUAGCCAUGGCUCUAUGUAGUACUGUGCGCCUCCUAUACUCUGUUCUGGACUUGGGGACUGUGAAGAGACCUCUGGUGGCAUGUCUUGUGUGGUAUGAAUGGGUGUCUGAGCUGUGUUCUAGUAGUUUAAACAGACAGCUCGGUGCAUUCAACAUGUCAAUACUUACAAAAACAAGUAGUGAUGAAGUCAAUCUCUCCUCUACUUUGAGCCAUGAGAGAUUGACAUGCAUAUUAUUAAUGUUAGCUCUACGCGUAUCAUUUAAGGGCCAGCCGUGCUGCCCUGCUUCUGGGCCAUUUGUAAUUUUCCCAAUUCCCUCUUUGUGGCACCCGACCACAUGACUGGGCAGUAGUCCAUGUGCGACAAAACUAGGGCCUGUAGGACCUGCCUUGUUGAUAUUGUUGUUAAGAAGGCAGAGUAGCGGUUUAUUAUGGACAGACCUUUCCCCAUCUUAGCUACUGUUGUAUCAAUAUGUUUUGACCAUAACAGUUUACAAUCCAGGGUUACUCCAAUCAGAUUAGUCUCCUCAACUUGCUCAAUUUCCACAUUAUUCAUUACAAGAUUUAGUUGAGAUUUAGGGUUUAGUGAAUGAUUUGUCCCAAAUAUAAUCUUUUUCGUUUUUGAAAUAUUUAGGACUAACUUAUUUCUUGCCACUCAUUCUGAAACUGACUGCAGCUCUUUGUUAAGUAUUGCAGUGAUUUCACUCGAUGUAGUAGCUGGCGUGUCUAGUGUUGAGUCAUCCACAUACAUAGACACACAGGCUUUACUCAGAGCCAGUGGCAGGUCAUUAGUAAAGAUUUUAAAAAGUAAGGGGCCUAGACAGCUGCCCUCAGGAAUUCUUGAUUCUACCUGGAUUAUGUUGUAGAGGCUACCAUUAAAGAACACUGUGUUCUAUUUGACAGGUAAAUCUCAAUCCACAAUAUAGCAGGGGGUGUAAAGCCAUAAACAGUGCAUUCGGAAAGUAUUCAGACCCCUUGACUUUUUCCACAUUUUGUUACAUUGCAGCCUGAUUCUAAAAUGGAUUAAAUAAAAAAUGAUCCUCAUCAAUCUACACACAAUACCCCAUAAUGACAAAGCGAAAACAGGUUUUUAAAAUACAAAACAGAAAUACCUUAUUUAGAUAAGUAUUCAUACCAUUUGCUAUGAGACUCGAAAUUGAGCUCAGGUGCAUCCUGUUUCCAAUGAUCAUCCUUGUAGAUGUUUCUACAACUUGAUUGGAGUCCACCUGUGGUAAAUUCAAUUGAUUGGACAUGAUUUGGAAAGGCACACACCUGUCUAUAUAAGGUCCCACAGUUGACAAUCCAUGUCAGAGCAAAAACCAAGCCAUGAGGUCGAAGAAAUUGUCCGUAGAGCUCUGAGACAGGAUUGUGUCGAGGCACAGAUCUGGGUAAGGGUACCAAAAAAUGUCUGCAGCACUGAAGUUCCCCAAGAACACAGUGGCCUCCUUCAUUCUUAAAUGGAAGAAGUUUGGAACCACCAAGACUCUUCCUAGAGCUAGCCACCCGAUCAAAGUGAGCAAUCGGCGGAGAAGAGCCUUGGUCAGGGAAGUGACCAAGAACCUGAUGGUCACUCUGACAGAACUCCAGAGGUCCUCUGUGGAGAUGGGAGAACCUUCCAGAAGAACAACCAUCUCUGCAGCACUCUACCAAUCAGGCCUUUAUGGUAGAGUGGCCAGACGGAAGCCACUCUUCUCUAAAAGGCACAUGACAGCCCGCUUGGAGUUUGCCAAAAUGCACAUGAAGGACUCAGACCAUGAGAAACAAGAUUCUCUGGUCUGAUGAAACCAAUAUUGAACUCUUUGGCCUGAAUGCCAAGCGUCACGUCUGGAGGAAACCUGGCACCAUCCCUACAGUGAAGCAUGGUGGGGGCAGCAUCAUGCUGUGGGGAUGUUUUUCAGCAGCAGGGACUGGGAGAUUAGUCAGGAUCGUGGGAAAGAUGAAUGGAGCAAAGUACAGAGAGAUCCUUGAUGAAAACCUGCUCCAGAGCGCUCGGGACCUCAGAGUGGGGCGAAGGUUCAACUUCCAACAGGACAACAACCCUAAGCACACAGCCAAGACAAUGCAGGAGUGGCUUCGGGACAAGUCUCUGAAUGUCCUUGAAUGGCCCAGCCGGAGCCCAGACUUGAACACGAUCAAACAUCUCUGGAGAGACCUGAAAAUAGCUGUGCAGCGAUGCUCCCCAUCCAACCUGACAGAGCUUGAGAGGAUCUGCAGAGAAGAAUGGGAGAAACUCCCCAAAUACAGGUGUGCCAAGCUUGUAGUGUCAUACCCAAGAAGACUCGAGGCUGUAAUCGCUGCCUAAGGUGCUUCAACAAAGUAAUGAGGAAAGGGUCUGAAUAAUUAUGUAAAUGUACUAUUUCCGUUUUUUAUUUUUAAUACAUUUGCAAAAAUGUCAAAAAACCUGUUUUAAUUUUGUCAUUAUGGGGUAUUUUGUGUAGAUUGAAGAGGGAAAAAAACUAUUGAAUACAUUUUAGAAUAAGGCUGUAACGUAACAAAAUGUGGAAAAGUCAAGGGGUCUGAAUUCUUUCCGAAUGCACUGUAUAGGUUUUUUUUCAGCAGCAUACUAUGAUCGAUAAUGUCAAAAGCCACACUGGAGUCUAACAAAACAACUCUCACAAUCUUUUUAUUAUCAAUUUCAUUCAGCCAAUCAUCAGUCAUUUGUGUAAGUGCUGUGCAUGUUGAAUGCCCUUCCCUAUUAGCGUGAUGAAAGUCUGUUGUUAAUUUAUUUACUGUAAAAUAGCAUUGUAUCUGGUCAAACACAAUUUUUUACAAAAGUUUACUAAGGGUUGGUGACAGGCUGAUUGGUCAGCUAUUUGACCCAGUAAAGGGUGCUUUACUAUUCUUGGGUAGCAGAAUGCUUCCCUCCAGGCCUGAGGGCACACACUUUUUUGUAAACUUAGAUUGAAGAGAUGGCAAGUAGGAGCAAUAUCGUCAAUAUCAUCCUCAUUAAUUUUCCAUCCAAGUUGUUAAACAUAGGUGGCUUGUCAUUGUUGAUAGACAACAAUAAUGUUUUAACCUCUUCCACACUCACUUUACGGAAUUCAAAAUUACAAUGCUUGUCUUUCAUAAUUUGGUCAGUUAUACUUGGAUGUGUAGGUCAGGCAUUUGUUGCUGGCAUGUCAUGCCUAAGUUUGCUAAUCUUGCCAAUGAAAAAUCAUUAAAGUAGUUGGCAAUAUCAGUGGGUUUUGUGAUGAAUGAGCCACCUGAUUCAAUGAAUGAUGGAGCUGAGUUUGCCUUUUUGCCCAUAAUUUCAUUUAAUGUGCUCCAAAUAUUUUUACUAUCAUUCUUUAUGUCAUUUAUAUUUGUUUCGUAGUAUAGUUUCUUCUUCUUUUUAUUCAGUUUAGUCACAUGAUUUCUCAAUUUGCAGUACGUUUGCCAAUCGGUUGUGCAGCCAGACUUAUUUGCCAUUCCUUUUUCCUUAUCCCUCUCAACCAUAACAUUUUUCAAUUCCUCAUCAAUCCACAGGGAUUUAACAGUUUUUACAGUCAUUUUCUUAAUGGGUGCAUGCUUAUUAGUAACUGGAGUAAGCAAUUUCAUAAAUGUGUGAAGUGCAGCGUCUGAUUGCUCCUCGUUACACACCACGGACCAACAUAUAUUCUUUACAUCAACAACAUAGGAAUCACUACAAAACCUCUUGUAGGACCUCUUAUACACAAUAUUAGGUCUAGCCUUUGGACCUUUGAUUUUCUUAGAUAUGGCUACCAUAUUGUGAUCACUAAAUCCGAUGGAUUUGGAUACUGCUUUAAAGCAGAUUUCUGCAGCAUUAGUUAAAAUGUGAUCAAUAGAUGUGGAUGAUUUCAUUCCUGUGCUGUUUGUAAAUACCCUGGUAGGUUGACUGAUAACCUGAACCAGGUUGCAGGCACUGGUUACAGUUUGAAGCUUUUUCUUGAGUGGGCAGCUUGAUGAAAGCCAGUCAAUAUUUAGGUCACCCAGAAAAUACAGCUGAGUGGCUACCCCAAACUGCAUGAUAACACUGCCUAAAACUUGUUGAUUCAUCACCAUGGUCAUUUUCUGUGCAGUAUUUGGCUGCUCUAACAAGGCAGGAAAACAACCACACUUUCUGGACCAGACCCCUUGGUGUACCAGGAUUCAGAGCCUGGGAGUUUUGGAGCUGGGCCAUGUCCUUAUCGGUGAUGGGAGUGUGGCUGUUUGUGAUAUAUUUUCCUUGCCUUCUUAGCUGUUUGAUGUUGCCCAGAAAUACUGUACAUGAGGUGGUAAAUACAGUGUCCUUCAUAAGGCACCAGCUGCGACCGAUGGGUGGGUCAUUUAGAAACCGGUUGAGCCCACUCCGGAGUGCCAGGUAGCUAAUUAUCCUGUACUGCUCCCCCUUCCCAUUUCGUACAUUUCCAUAAAACUGUCGGAGAAGGAUGUUAAACUCUUCCUUAGUGACAGUUUUGAAGUCAACAACUUUUUUAUUCUCUGCUAGCCAGCCCUCGAAGCACCGCACAGCCCAGUUUGUAUUCUUAACUGGUUUUUUUCGUUGCUGCUUUUCUCUAGGUCAUUCAAUGCAGGAUCCCCCAAAUCUGCAUGCCUGGGUAUUAUUGGCAUCUCGUUUUCCCAUUCAUCCAUAGUCAUGCCGCCGAAAAGAUCAAAAUAAAUGUUCCACUCAUCCAUUUGAGUUUUCGCAAACAAAGUAUCGAUUUAGCCAGUCAACUGAAAAAAAGUUGUGUAUGUUACUAUGACAACGAGCUCAAUUUGCUGUCUGUCUCGUUCGGACACAUUCACUUAAUAUGGGACGGUGUAGAUCGCAAUUCAAUAUUGAAAAGGUCGGAGAGACAGGCAGCAAGGUUUAUACAAAACUCUGUUGUUGAAAACCAAAUGCUAGUCUAAAAGAAAUGGGAGAUAAUGUCUUGAUGCUUAGUGGAGAUCAAGUUUAUUAUAAAGAAUUGUUGGAGGUAGGUAAAACAUUUUUAUAAAAUAAAUAUUAAAACAAAUAAGUAUCUGGUUACUAGUUAAAGUAAGCAUGGCGCUACAGAGGUGCACCUGUUAGUUGUUUUCCUUAACUUUUGCACCCUCUCAGACAUGGAGUUCCUGGAGGUCCUGACUGAAGGUCUCAACAGGGUUCUCCUGGUUCGCGGUGGCGGUCGCGAGGUCAUCACCAUCUACUCUUGA